AUGGAGGGCUGCUAUCCCCCCGAAUACGAAAGGAUGGAAGCGUGGCUUGACGACCACUUGGAGUUCACUCACUCCUACUUUGUCAGGAAGGCUACAAGGUAAGCGCGGGGUGAGAUUUAAGUCGUAACUGAUUCAUUGAAUUUGCGAAACCGGGAUAGCUCAUUUUCCGGUACAUCCUCGCUGUCUAUUCUAUUUUAAGCAAUCUGGCCGAUAAUUAAUGUGUUCCGUUUAUAGAAAGGCACUCGCAAUCUAUUUUACCUGCGUUGUUUGAACGUAAAACGACAUGCAACUACUGUUCAUUGGCAUUUAUUAAUGGGCCAGACCAUCUGCACUACAAUCAGUAACCAUUUAACCAAACUAGCGAGAGAAUUGAGAGCAUAAGUGUAAUCAUUAAUCUUUAUUCGGGUGAUUCCUUUCAAUUCUGUUCCAAAAAGCGCAGUGAAUUAAAAGUUAAAUGCGUUUUGUUGUGUUACCACACAACUUCUGGAAUAGAUACUAUUGAAAUGAUUAGUUAUUUCGGUUUUAUUAUAACAUAAAGGUGUUAUGGUAUGUUUUGAAAUAUUGGAGUGCUAAGUAUGCAGUAGUGUUACUGUUUAGAUAAGACAAUAUAGGCUGGAUACAUUUGCAUAGAUUGCAAUCAGAACCUUAAAAGGACAAUUAGUUCAUGUUUAGACAUACAGUCAGUAAACAGUCAUUAUUUACAAUAUUUGAUCUCACAGGAGCACACUAUACAUUCCUGGGUGAGAUGCCAGUUGUAGCAAGCCAGCAGCCUUACUAUCAUUAAGGGCAUAUUCUGGCCAUAUAGUGAGGCUGGUACCUUGGCAUCACAACUAUCAGUCCUAGUUUAGUUUCAAGUUUCGAGUUUUAAUGUCACUUGCACAAGUACAGUGAAAUGCCUUUCUUGCAUGCUCCAAACCCAAAAAUGCAGUAAUCACUAUCAAUGUAGCACAAAAAAAUAGCAUAAGGUAGAACAAAAACACAAGAAAAAAAAAUGAAAUAAGAAGAACACAAGAAAGUAAGAAGCUAUAUACAGGCCUGUUCCAAUACCAUAUUUACAAUGUGCAGGGAUACUGGAGUGAUAGAGGUAGAUAUGUUUAGAGGUAAGGUGACUAGGCACCAGGAUAUAUGAUAAACAGAGUAGCAGCAGCAUAAAUGAUGAUUGUAUGUUUUUUUUUUUUUUUUUUUUUAGUCAUUUAGCAGACGCUCUUAUCCAGAGCGACUUACAUGAGCAAUUAGGGUUAAGUGCCUUGCUUAAGGGCACAUCGACAGAUUUUUUCAACCUAGUCGGCUCGGGGAUUAGAACCAGCGACCUUUCGGUUACUGGCACAACGCUCUUACCCACUAAGCCACCUGCCGCCGAGUGUGUGUGCUUGUGUGUAGAGUCAGUAUAAAUGUUUGUGCAUGUUAUGUGUGUGUUGGAGUGUCAGUGUGCGUGAGUGUGUAGAGUCCUGUGAGUGUGCAUAGAGACAGUGCAAAAAUAAAAAGGGAAAUCUAAGAUAGUCCGUGUAGCCAUUCUGCUAGCUAUUUAGAAGUCUGGCUUGGGGAUACAAGCUGUUCAGGAGCCUGUUGGUGUCAGACUUGAUGCACCUGUACCACUUGCCAUGCGGAUGCAGAGAGAACAGUUUAUGGCUUGGGUGGCUGGAGUCUUUAACGAUUUUCCGGGCCUUUCACACCGCCUGAUAUAGAGGUCCUGGAUGGUAGGGAGCUCGGCCCCGGUGAUGUACUGGGCUGUCCGUACUACCCUCUGUAGCGCCAUGCGAUCGAGGGCGGUGCUGUUGCCAUACCAAGCGGUGAUGCAGCCAGUCAAGAUGCUCUCAAUGGUGCAGCUGUAGAACUUUCUGAGGAUUUGAGGGCUCAUGCCAAACUUCUUCAACCUCGGGGAAAAGGCGGUGUUGCGCGUUCUUCACGACCAUGCGCGUAUGAGUGGACCAUUUGAAGUCCUUAGUGAUUUGGACACAGAGGAAGUUGAAGCUCUCGACCCGCUCCACUGCAGCCCCGUCGAUGUGGAUGGGGGCGUGCUCUCCCCCUCCGUUUCCUGUAGUCCACAAUCAGCUCCUUGGUCUUACUGACGUUGAGGGAGAGGUUGUUGUCCCGGCACCACACUGCCAGGUCAUUGACCUCCUGCCUGUAGGCUGUCUCAUCGUCGCCGGUGAUCAGGCCUACCACCGGCCUGUCUUGAUGAUGGUGUUGGAGUCGUGCGUGGCCACGCAGUCGUGGGUGAACAGGGAGUACAGGAGGGGACUAAGCACACACCCCUGUGGGGCCGCUGUGUUGAGGAUCAGCGUGGCGGAGGUGAUGUUGCCUACCCUCACCACAAUGGGUUGAGACUUCCACUGCACUUGAGUCAGCACACCAUUUGUUGUUGAUGAAGAGGCAAAUCCCUCCCUCUCUCUAUUUCCCUGACUCUACUGUCCUGUCCGCUCGGUGACAGGAGAAUCCAUCGAGUUGGAUAGCCAUGAGGGGUAUCUUGUCCGAAAGCCAUGUUUCAGAAAAGCAGAGAAUAUUGCAGUUAUGAGAGUCCCAUAUGUAGCAAAUCCACGAUCAGAGGUCAUCCAUCUUAUUAUCAAGUGAUUGGCCAAUAGAAUGGAGGGAAGAGGUGGCCUGUUUUCCCUUCGCCUUAACCUCGCCAGGACUCCCCCUCUCCUGCCUCUGUAAUGCCGUUUUUUCGUCUUGGAUACCCUGUAAAUUGGGUCAGAAUUACAUAAAGAGCCCAGGGCAGAUGAGUCGAAGUUGAAGCCGGAAUUUGGGUAAGUAACUGCCGAUCGGACGUUAUUGUCGGUUAUAAGAAAUGAUAGUGGAUACAUUUUCGUGAAAAUAAAGUAAAGAUAAACGGCAAAAAAAUCACAAAAUAGCAAAGUUUGGUCGGAGCUCGCUAAACGACAGCCAUCCAGGACAGAGCCAUCUUAGUUCAGGUGUCACUUAGGACAGCUUAUAAUUGGGAAGUAGGUUCUGACUUCCUUAGGGCUACUUAUUUGCAUUUAAAUCUAGCCAGAAUAAGUGUGUGCCUGUCCAGGUUUGCAUAAUUUACAUUUCAGUCAAAUAAUCUUAUCUCAUUUGAUACCAUCCCAUUUUCCAUAGGCCCAUGAAAAGGUCAGACAUAUUUCUCUUAGAGAAGUAACAGGAUAUAUGUAUUUUUUGUGUGUAUCCACAGUAUUUUUCUGCUUCCUACUUCUUAACCACAUUAUGUAAGAAAACAUUAUUUGAUUGGCAAGUCAAAAUAUAUGCGUUUGCACAUAUCAUCAGAUCGGAUGUUUAGGUCUGAAACUCAGUUCUCUAAGAGUGUGUGCCUGUCCUAAGGACACAUUAGGGCUGCUCUAUGGGGGAUUCUCACUAGGGGGUCACACACACAAACACACACACACACAGACACACAGACGUACACACACAUUGCUGUCUCUUAUGCUUGGCGAGAUAACAUUCCGCUUCCAUCGGCUUGCCAUUUUAUAGUGUGGUUAUGGCUCAGUUUUAUGUGUCUGGCAGUCAGCCUAAUCUACAAGCACAUUUCAUGGCAAAUGCAUUUUACAGCCGCUGGGGUUUCUGAAGGUUUCAGUAGGGCUGUUCAGGCAAAGUAAGUCUUUGACAAAAUAAAACGGUUGGGAUUUGAACCUAGGACCUUGUGGGUAACAGUGUUUUUGAAUGCUGGCACUGUGCAUAUAAGUCAUGUUCUACAAAUGUGUACUGCUGACCAGAAUUAAUCUGUGAGUCACUGUGUGAGGGGGAACGUGUGUGUGUGUGUGUGUGCGUGCGUGGUGCGUGCAUACGCGUGUGCCCCUGGGACUGCGGUAGAAAGUUGUUAAAAUGUUCCUUAAAUGCCUUUAUACAAUGUCUAACAUUGUUGAUUAAUAUAUUGUAAGUCUUGUAAUGCAUAUCUCAUGAUGUGUUGUAAUGCAUGUCCUGUAUGUCCUGUCUAUUGUCUAUUAGGAGAUGGAGAAAGCUGGUAGAACUUCCUCGCACUACCUCCACGUGUAAUGCUUAUCAAAUACACAAAUUUCUCAGAUAGUUUAUAUUUUCCUCUAAUAUCCUAUAAUGUCAUAUUGUCCUGUUGUAUGAUGUUGAUUAUUGUUUUAUAAUGUCGUAUAAUGUCCUGUGUGUUGGUACAGGGAGAUGGUGAAUGCCUGGUUUGCUGAGCGAGUCCACUCCAUCCAGCCCUCCUCCUCAUCAUCCUCCUCCUCGUCAUCCUCCAAAGAAACCCUUACACCACAGAGACCCACCCAGCCCUCAGACAGUCCCUGCCUAGCCUUCUCCUUGCCCCCUUCCCUGGGCCUGAACGACGCGUGCUCUCUCUCCCCAGCCCCGGCCCCCAGCCCCGCUCCCAGCACCCCCACCCGCAAGAUCUCUGCAUCUGAGUUUGACAGGCCGCUGAGGCCCAUCGUGGUCAAGGACGCGGAAGGCUCACUAACCUUCCUCUGCGACGCCGAACCCGACCGAGGCGACAUCCGGACGCCCAUGCCCUUUAGAACCCAGCAGGGAGGGGUCGGGUUUGGCAUCCCCACGGGUAUGAUGGACGAGGUGGGCAGUGCCCGGGGGUUGGACCGCUGUGCCAGGCUGUUGGAGCUGGUGAGGGAUGUGUCGAGUCACCUGGACGUGACGGCUCUGUGCCACAAGAUCUUCCUGCACAUCAACGAGCUGAUCGCUGCCGACCGCUACUCCCUCUUCCUGGUAGGUAGUGGCACGAUGGGAAAGUAGGAUAGGGCAUGGGUUAGCCUAUGAGAGAAAGUAGGAUAGGGCACGGGUUAGCCUAUGAGAAAAAGUAGGAUAGAGCACAGGUUAGCCUAUGAGAGACAGUAGGAUAGGGCACAGGUUAGCCUAUGAGAGAAAGUAGGAUAGGGCACGGGUUAGCCUAUGAGAGACAGUAGGAUAGGGCACAGGUUAGCCUAUGAGAGACAGUAGGAUAGGGCACGGGUUAGCCUAUGAGAGAAAGUAGGAUAGGGCACGGGUUAGCCUAUGAGAGAAAGUAGGAAAAAGCACAGGUUAGCCUAUGAGAGACAGUAGGAUAGGGCACAGGUUAGCCUAUGAGAGACAGUAGGAUAGGUCACAGGUUAGCCUAUGAGAGACAGUAGGAUAGGGCACAGGUUAGCCUAUGAGAGACAGUAGGAUAGGUCACAGGUUAGCCUAUGAGAGACAGUAGGAUAGAGCACAGGUUAGCCUAUGAGAGACAGUAGGAUAGGGCAUAGGUUAGCCUAUGAGAGACAGUAGGAUAGGGCACAGGUUAGCCUAUGAGAGACAGUAGGAUAGAGCACAGGUUAGCCUAUGAGAGACAGUAGGAUAGGGCACGGGUCAGUCCAAAAUAGCUUUUUAAUUCUGUUAUGGAAGUACAUUUACACUAUAUAUACAAAAGUAUGUGGACACUCCUUCAAAUGAGUGGAUUUGGCUAUUUCAGCCACACCCAUUGCUGACAGGUGUAUAAAAUUGAACACACCGCCAUGCAAUCUCCAUAGACAAACAUUGGCAGUAGAACGGCCUUACUGAAGAGCUCAGUGACUUUCAACGUGGCACCGUCAUAAGAUGCCACCUUUCCAACAAGUCAGUUCGUCAAAUUUCUGCCCUGCUAGAGCUGCCCCGGUCAAUUGUAAGUGCUGUUAUUGUGAAGAGGAAAUGUCUAGGAGCAACAAUGGCUCAGCCGCGAAGUGGUAGGCCACACAAGCUCACAGAACAAGACCGCCGAGUGCUGAAGCCCUGAAGUGCGUAACAAUCGUCUGUCCUAGGUUGCAACACUCACUACCGAGUUCCAAACUGCCUCUGGAAGCAACGUCAGCACAAGAACUGUUCAUUGGGAGCUUCAUGAAAUGGGUUUCCAUGGCCGAGCAGCCGCACACAAGCCUAAGAUCACCAUGCGCAAUGCCAAGUGUCAGCUGGAGUGGUGUAAAGCUUGCCGCCAUUGGACUCUGGAGCAGUGGAAAUGCGUUCUCUGGAGUGAUGAAUCACGCUUCACCAUCUGGCAGUCCGCCGGACGAAUCUGGGUUUGGUGGAUGCCAGGAGAACGCUACCUGCCCGAAUGUAUAGUGCCAACUGUAAAGUUAGGUGGAGGAAUAAUGCUCUGGGGCUUUUUCAUGGUUCGGGCUAGGCCCCUUAGUUCCAGUGAAGGGAAAUCUUAACACUACAUCAUACAAUGACAUUCUAGACGAUUCUGUGCUUCCAACUUUGUGGCAACAGUUUGGGGAAGGCCCUUUCCUGUUUCAGCAUGACAAUGCCCCCGUGCACUAAGUGAGGUCCAUACAGAAAUGGUUUGUAAAUAUCGGUGUGGAAGAACUUGACUAGCCUGCACAGAGCCCUGAACUCAACCCCAUUGAACACCUUUGGGAUUAAUUGGAAUGCCGACUGCGAGCCAGGCCUAAUCGCCCAACAUCAGUGCCUGACCACACUAAUGCUCUUGUGGCUGAAUGGAAGCAAGUCCCCGCAGCAAUGUUCCAACAUCUAGUGGAAAGCCUUCCCAGAAUAGUGGAGGCUGUUAUAGCAGCAAAGGGGGGACCAACUUCAUAUUAAUGCCUAUGAUUUUGGAUUGAGAUGUUCAACGAGCAGGUGUCCACAUACUUUCGGUCAUGUAGUGUAUUUCCUGUUACCAAGUCAUUUACGGUUUCCAUGCCUUUAGUUUUCAAUGUGGACCAACUUAUCUUUGAAUUCUGAAAAGCUAUCCAAGGAUUGUUCCAUAGGGUUGUGUUUUUAGGGAGUGAUAUUGGUACUUGUAGAAUAUGUUUCAUUUUCUUCCAUAUUGUUAAAGUGUUCUUAACUAUGAAGUUGGUAAUGUUCUUAGCUGUAUCCUUUGAAAAUAGAUUCUGUGGAUGAGCAUGUGCAUCUUCAAUAUGUACCCAUUGUUCGUUUUUAGUGCGUUUAACUAUAUGUUGCAAGGAAAAGUAAAAGUUUGGGCUCCCGAGUGGCGCAGCGGUCUAAGGCACUGCAUCUCAGUGCUUGAGGCGUCACUACAGACCCCCUGGUUCGAUUCCAGGGUGUAUCACAACCGGCCGUGAUUGGGAGUGCCAUAGGGCGGCGCACAAUUGGCCCAGUGUCGUCCGGGUUUGGCCGGUGUAGGCCGUCAUUGUAAAUAAGAAUUUGUUCUUAACUGACUUGCCUAGUAAAAUAAAUAAAAAAUAAAAAAAAGCCUUGGGUAGCGUGUUCAUUCAAUUCCAAGUCUGGAAGGCUAAAACCACCCUCAGAUGUAGCUUUCCUUUUUAUUCUAUGAAUUUUAUUUGCUCAUAUCUUUUAAUUCCUGUCUAAUCCUUAUCUAUCUAAUUCUACAACCAUAUCAGGUAGCAAUGAUGACAUUUCCAUGCAACCUAACAAUAAAGUAUAUCAAAUCAUGGCGUAGUGUAAACUGUGGAGCAGAUACACUUCCUGUAGAAUCUUGAUAGGUACGACAUCACUUCUGUUCUUUGUUGUGUGACCCCAGGUGGGCGAGGACAGCUCCAACAGGAAGUUCCUGGUGAGCAGGCUGUUUGACGUGGCUGAGGGCUCCACACUGGAGGAGGUGUCUAAUAGCUGCAUCCGCCUGGAGUGGAACAAGGGAAUUGUGGGUCACGUGGCAGCCACGGGUCAGCCCCUCAAUAUCAAGAACGCUUACGAGGUGAGACGGAGCCUUUCUUUCCUCAUUUUUUGUAGUCACCUUCUCUUUUUAUUUUCCUUCUUGGGUAAGGUUUUAAUUUUCAGUCCUAUUUCAGCUGGUACUUACUAAAACAUUAUGCGGUUAAAAGCGGUAACUUAACGUGCCUACUUCGAAGAAUUCAUCACAAUUGAUGACCACCGGAUAUCACAUGGUAUAUAGUGGUGCCUGUUUCAAUGAAUCGUCAAGAAAACCCGAAGGUAGUUAUCACAGUAGGUCAUUGAAUGAUUAUUACAACAUAUACCCACGUACAUUCUAAGUACCACCUAGGUAAUACAGUAGCGAACUGUAAAAUAAAGGUUAGUUCUCUUUUGACCUUUUUGCAGCCUCCCUUGUUUCUCUGCUGCAUGUCAGGUAAUAUGGCACCCGGUGGGGUUUGCGUAGGUAGGAUUAUGAUGAUGAAUAUAAUGAGGAUGUGUGUGUGUGUGUGUGUGUGUGUGUGUGUGUGUGUUCUGAAUCAGGCCACUGUUUGUGUUGGGGAGUAUGGGUGUUUGCUGACAGAGUGCAGGACCUGAGAGUGAUUGGCCAAGCAUAAACCACAGAGAGGGAGGGAGGGAGAGGGAGAGGGAGAAUUUAAAAAAUCAGAGAUCAAAAAGGAUCAUGUAGGUCAAAAAGUACAUCACUGGAUUGAAGGACACACACACACGAUUCCUCUCACACACACUUAAAGUGAAAUACUCACAAAAAUCAUUGCGAGUUGACCUUCUUUUACUUAAUGGUCCAGACAUACCUCACUCAUGACACGUCAUCCCUUGACAGUUUGAGUAUAUCGAUCCUGUUGGGUAUUAUUUUACAAGACUAUCACUUUCUUGCUGCAAUCAAUAAUCAAACCGUCUUGCCAUUUCAACCUGUCAUUACCAAGGCAGUCGAAGAUGGUCAGUCAUGAGUAAAUACAGUAUAGCAAAGGUAGUAUUCCUGGAAUGAUCUAGAAUGAUUAAAGGUCAUAGUAUCAGUCUUGGCCCCUGGAGACCAUGCUGGAUUUUAACCUUUGACCCACAUAGUGAUGUCACUGCACAGGCUCUAAAACUUGAGCUCAGCUUUUCCUUGCUGUCUCUCAGCCAUGGAAAUGA